CAAAGUAAUCAGUCUACAAAGAUUCCUAGGUCGCUUAACAUCUUCAGAACGCUAUUAAGAGCAAUAUAAAUGCGAAACGUAAUAUUUAGAAUUUUAUUAUGUGCAUUAUAUGCCAUUGGAAAUAACGCAAUAGAUGAUUUAUUGCAAGGACUAAGUGGUCCAGCUACCGGACCAUCCGGUUCUACAUGCAAUAACAAGGGAGUCUGUGAAAAUCAGCCCGAUGGUGCCAUGUUUCUUGAUUCCGGAUCAAAUGGUUACAUAGUGUGUCAGUGCGAAUGUGAAAUAUCAAUGCCUUGCCCUUCUGGCAUAGUUUUUAAUCCAGAGGUAAAUGUUUGCGAUUGGCCUCUUGAAAAUACAGAUUCACCGGGAACUUCUAGCACUCCAACAAAUAUAAUCACUCAAGGUACAACAACAACACCAUUAAGUUCGUCGCCUUCAACUCCACCAUCAACUACUUCUGAAAUAACUACUCAAGGUACAUCAUCAACACCAUUAAGUUCGUCGCCUUCAACUCCAUCGUCAACUACUUCUGAUAUAACCACUCAAGGUGCAACAACAACACCAUCAAGUUCGUCGCCUUUAACUCUACCAUCAACUACUUCUGAUAUAACCACUGAAUCCACGUCUACCACAGUAAGUGGCCCAGCCACUGGGCCAUCUGGUACCACAUGCAACAAUAAAGGAGUAUGUGAAAAUCAGCCUGAUGGCGCUAUGUUCCCUGAUUCUAGAUCAAAUGGUUACAUAGUUUGUCAGUGUGAAUGUGGAAUUCAAAGGCCAUGCCCUUCGGGCUUAGUUUUUAGUUCAGUACAUAAUGUUUGCGAUUGGCCAAGUUCUAAGAUGUUAAGAGUGAUAACGCUAGCUAUCUUUGUGCUAGCUGCAGAAGGAGGUAAUGUGCAGGAAACGCGAUGCAUAAAAGAGGUGCAGGGAAGAAGGCUAGCUCAUCCGACCGAUUGUUCCAAAUUUGUGCAAUGUAUUAAUACAUCAUUUGGACGUGUUCAGAAAUGCCCUAGUGGAUUAGCUUUUAACGCUCAAGAAGAAGUAUGUGACUAUCCAUCACGCACUGGUUGCUCGAAAGAAAGGUCUUAUUUUCUCAAAACCAGUUGCGAAUGUGACUGCAGUGUGUGUUGUCGAGGAUGUAAUUCAUAUACCACUCCAACACCUUCUACUAUAAGUCCUUCUACAACUCUAUGUGCGACAUUAGCUCCAUCAAAUCCAACUACUCCGAAACCAACGUCAAAUUCAAACCCAUCACCUUCCCCAACUCAAGCGUUAACACCAACUUCAAAACCUUGCGAUACAUCAACUCCAACCCAAUCAUCAUCGCAAACUCCAUCAAAUCCAACUACUCCGAAACCAACCUCAAAUCCAAACCCAUCACCUUCCCCAACUCAAACGUUAACACCAACUUCAAAACCUUUCGAUACAUCAACUCCAACCCAAUCAUCAUCGCAAACUCCAUCAAAUCCAACUACUCCGAAACCAACCUCAAAUCCAAACCCAUCAUCUUCCCCAACUCAAGCGUUAACACCAACUUCAAAACCUUUCGAUACAUCAACUCCAACCCAAUCAUCAUCGCAAACUCCAUCAAAUCCAACUACUCCGAAACCAACGUCAAAUCCAAACCCAUCACCUUCCCCAACUCAAGCGUUAACACUAACUUCAAACUCAUCAUCAUCGACUGACGUUACCUUCACAAUACCUGCUCCCACACAAAAGAAUCCUGGUUGUGAUCCAUUGUGUUACAAUCUAAAAGAUGGUUCCACUAGUAUUUUGGAGGGUAAUUGUCAAAAAUUCGUGGUUUGUGUUGGUGGCAAAGAAAAUAUAUUUUCUUGUUCCAAUAAUUUACUGUAUAAUUCCGUAACUGGCGAAUGCGAUUAUCCAGGAAAUGUAAAUUGUCCGUGGCCACAAACUCCACCAAGUGGUCCGUCGGCGGGACCAUCUGGAACUAAUUGUGCAACUGGAGGUCGUUGCGUUGGCCAACAGGACGGUACCUCUUUUACUAGCGAAACUGAUGCCUGCAGCAAAGACUAUAUUGUAUGCCAAUGUGAGUGUGAAGUGCAGCGUACUUGCCCAUCACUAUUAAUGUUCAACCAUAAGUUGGGAGUCUGUGAUUGGCCAACGAGUUUCGGAUGCUAAUAUAAUAUGAUAACAUUUACUACUAAAGGAUGUUAAAUGAAUACUAUUGUCUUAUGUUACAUAUCUCAAACUUGUCCAAAAUUUUCAGAUUCUGCAUUAUCAGUCAAAAUAUAAUUUAUGACCUUA